AGCCAACCGGAGCGCGGCAUUUUCCGCGGGAGAUCCGAAUUUCGCGGCACGCCGUUUGGCGCUAAAAAAAAAAAAAAAAAGAAAAGAAAAAAGAAAAAAAAAGAGGCAGAGAAAGACUCAGGGACUAGAGAGCGGGCCGCAAGGAAGUCGGUGCAGUCGAGACCCCCUUCCCCGUCCCAGCGCAUCGCGUCUCCACCGAGCUCGCGGGCACGCCGGGGACUCCUCCCCAGAGCCGGCCGGACCCCAGGUGCCGAGGCCUUGGGGGACGCGGGGCGUCCCGGGUCGCGGUGCCCUCGGGGCGAGACAGCCCCUGGCAGUGCCACCACCGCAACCGCCGGUCGAUCUCCAAGCGGCGAUCUCCAAGCGCUGCUCUGCUCGGCUACGGGCCAGGAGGGGAGGGUCCGGCCUUGCCCCGCAGACGUCCAUUGGUGGCUUCCCCCGGCCUCCGCGCCAUGCCGCGGGCCGUGUGAGCGGCUGCAGCACCGGAACCUGCAGGUGUCCGCGGGCGCGCCAGGCCCGUUUGGGUAGGGGGCGCCUUACUCGCUAUGCUGCAAGGGCCCCGGGCCUUGGUUUCGGCCGCUGGGCAGCCCCCGAAGGUGGUGCCCGCGAUGAGCCCAACAGAGCUGUGGCCAUCUGGCCUCAGCAGCCCCCAGCUCUGCCCAGCUACUACCACCUACUACACGCCGCUGUACCCGCAGACGGCGCCUCCCGCAGUGGCGCCCGGCACCUGCCUCGACGCCACUCCCCACGGACCCGAGGGCCAAGUUGCUCGAUGCCUGCCGGUAGGCCGGCUGCCGGCCAAAAGGAAGCUGGAUCUGGAGGGGAUUGGGAGGCCCGCUGUCCCUGAGUUCCCAACCCCCAAGGGGAAGUGCAUCAGAGUGGAUGGCCUCCCCAGCCCCAAAACCCCCAAAUCCCCCGGGGAGAAGACUCGGUAUGACACUUCGCUGGGGCUGCUCACCAAGAAGUUCAUUUACCUCCUGAGCGAGUCAGAGGAUGGGGUCCUGGACCUGAACUGGGCCGCUGAGGUGCUGGACGUGCAGAAGCGGCGCAUCUAUGACAUCACCAACGUGCUGGAGGGCAUCCAGCUCAUCCGCAAGAAGGCCAAGAACAACAUCCAGUGGGUAGGCAGGGGAAUGUUUGAAGACCCCACCCGGCCUGGGAAGCAGCAACAGCUGGGGCAGGAGCUGAAGGAGCUGAUGAACAUGGAGGAGGCCUUGGACCAGCUCAUCCAGAGCUGCUCUCUGAGCUUCAAGCACCUGACUGAGGACAAGGCCAACAAGAGGCUGGCCUAUGUGACUUACCAGGAUAUCCGUGCUGUUGGCAACUUUAAGGAGCAGACAGUGAUUGCCGUCAAGGCCCCUCCGCAGACGAGACUGGAAGUGCCCGACAGGACUGAGGACAACCUGCAGAUAUAUCUCAAGAGCACCCAAGGGCCCAUCGAAGUCUACCUGUGCCCAGAGGAGGUGCAGGAGCCGGACAGUCCUUCCGAGGAGCCCCUCCCCUCUACCUCCACCCUCUGCCCCAGCCCUGACUCUGCCCAGCCCAGCAGCAGCACCGACCCUAGCAUCAUGGAGCCCACAGCAUCCUCAGUGCCAGCGCCAGCGCCAACCCCCCAGCAGGCCCCACCGCCUCCAUCCCUGGUCCCCUUGGAGGCUACUGACAGCAUGCUGGAGCUGCCGCACCCACUCCUGCAGCAGACUGAGGACCAGUUCCUGUCCCCGACCCUGGCGUGCAGCUCCCCUCUGAUCAGCUUCUCCCCGUCCUUGGACCAGGACGACUACCUGUGGGGCUUGGAGGCGGGUGAGGGCAUCAGCGACCUCUUCGACUCCUACGACCUCGGGGACCUGUUGAUUAAUUGAGUGGCCCUGCCUGCCCCCAGCAGCCUGCCCCCGACUCUACCUCCUCACAAACAGGCUGACAGGCCCUCUGCCUGCACAGGGACAUUGGACACUAGGUGCUGCCCUCAGGGAAUGGGGUCUCCUCGCCUUUCCCACCCCAGCCGGCAGAAGCUGUGUGGGGAGAUGUGAAUGGUACGGGUGAGGAGGGGAUAAGGGUGUGGGUCCUCACCUUCCUAAUGGAAGCUGGGCCUGGGGAGGCCCAUCCAGUCUUCUGACCUCUGACCUCUCACGAGAAGGCUGCAGGUGACGUGGCCAAGUCCAGGGAAAGGCCCUGCUACCUCCUUUUGAGGGGUAAUUAGGACCCUCGACGUACCAAGAAGCACUUAAUGCCUUUGUAUUUAUUUCAGGUUGAGUGGUUGGUUUGUGCUCCCUGAGUUUUAGCAGGGAGGUUGUUCUAGUUUUUAGUGAGGCCUCCGCAGACAGGCCCAUCAGGGCCCAUCGCUGUCCAUGUUCCAGGGCAGGUCUGGGUUUCCAAGGGAGGGACCCAGGCCACGUCCCUGGUUUCCCCACAGUGGUGGGGCUGGGUCUCUGAAGGGCUGUCCAGUCGGCCGGAACGCUAAUUGCACUUAGGCCUCACAAUUCUAGUAAACGGCAGCUGUGGGCCCUUUCGCCUCUCCCCCUGUUCUUGGCCUCACAUCUCCAGCUGAGCCGCCGGUCUUGGCUUCCUGGUCACCUCUGUCCCAGAGAUGGUUCCAGGGAGCCAUCCUAAGGCAGGUAGCACUGUGGCUCCUGUGGAAACAGGAGCCACCUGCUCAGGAGACCCCUUUCCUGAGGAAGUCCUUACCUCUCCCUCCCUUUGAGAUGUAAAAAUGGUCCAGCAGAGACAAGCUCCCAAGGAAAACAGACAGGAACAUGGGGGCAGCUGUCAUGGCUGUGACGGGCACCUUUCCUCAGAGUUUCUGCCUUGCUGUGGUCCAGGAGCCAUUUUGCACCAAGGACUUGGUAGGCAGAGGCAGCCCCACUGUAAAGAAGGGUCAGAUUAAAACAAAAAACUGCCCAAAGCAUCCCCUCCGCCCCCCGAUGUGGCGCUGGCAUCAUUCUCUGCUUCCCUGGGAGGAAGUUUUUCACCAUGUUAUUGAAGGGGAUGGUUCCUUAAGGACCGCUCCACCCCUCAGAGCUCACUCAGACCCCCAAGGACAGAGGUGACUGGGGCUUGGUGACUUGUUCACCCCUUUUUUCCCAGGUAUACUGAAGGGGUGACAGAGAGAGGUCUUCAUGGCAGACCAGGCCUUCGCAGCUAAUGGGGAGAGGAACUCAUGUUACCUCUUCAGGCCUGGGGUCCUAAGGGGGUCUUUUGGCUUCAGCCUAUUCCCCCGGAGGCUUGAUCAUCCCACAUUGUCCCUGCAGCCCAGCUGCUCUUGUCCUCCACUCACCCUGGGAUGUGGGUGCUCUGGGCUGAACCAAGGCCGUGCCUUCUGGAGAGAGGCGCAGGGGUUGGUCUGAGAGGCCUGCCACCCACCCCUCAGGGAGCUAGGUUUUCUCAGAGGCUCAGCUGGACAGCACUUUUUAAAAAAGUCUGUAGCAUUAAGCUGGUUUCAUAUAUGAAGUUGGUUUUGUUGGAUGGCUCCUGAACUAACUGACUGAUGUCUGAAGUUUGAGACGGGGGAUUAUUUCAGGGUGGGGCCCAAUGUGAUCUAAUGCCCGGUUGGGGACAAUUGUGCCUCUUCAUUUGCUCAAAUUCCUGGGCCCCCAAGUUAGCCCCCUCCCGGGAGUGGUCAGCAGGUCACAGCUGCCCCCACUCUAUAAGCAAGGCUAAUUUUGUACCCUUUACAGAAAUACUUUUGGUCUCCCCUCCCCAAAUACAAGGGUCUUAUCAGAAGCCCAUCUUAAAGUCCAGCAUGCUCAGGGACCCGGCGUGGGAUCUCGUUUGGGGUGAGUGGUCUGCUCUUCUGAGGUCUCCACUGGGCUGCCAUUUAGCCAUGUGCCAUCCCUGGAGCCAGAGGUGUUUGACUCCCAUCCCUUGGGCUCUGUCUGGAGCUUUCCCCAAGAAUUACAUCAGAGAAAAGGAAGAAGAGGCCUGCAGGACCCAUUGGGAAUGAGUUUAAUACUGAAGUCUGGAAUGUAAGCUCAUGCCUUAAACACCUCUCCGUAUGGCUGGACAGGGGAGCUGCCCUCAGGCUUGUGCCCUGUGUCCUCAGCAGCUGUCUCUGUCCCCCUCUACUGUCCCUUUCACACCUUGCCUGGCCACGGGGCUAGACCUCCCAGGCUAAGCCUCAGAUUCAGUGCAGAACGCAAUCUCAUGCCCGCUUCCUGCCAGUGACACUUGAAGCCUCCCGACUUCCACAGAGCGCUUUCAGAACACAUUUUGAGUGGUAUUUUCUUUUUUUUUUUUUUUUUUUUUUUGAGGCGGACUCGUUCUGUUGCCCGGGCUGGAGUGCAGUGACCUGAUUUCGGCUCAUUGCAACCUCUGCCUCCCAGGUUCAAGUGAUUCUUCUGCCUCAGCCUCCCAAGUAGCUGGGACUAUAGGCAUGCGCCACGACGUCCGGCUAAUUUUGUAUUUUUGGUCGAGACGGGGUUUUGCCAUGUUAGUCAGGCUGGUCUUGAACUCCUAACCUCAAGUGAUCCACCGCCUCGGCCUCCCAAAGUGUUGGGAUGACAGGCAUGAGCCACCAGGCCCAGCCUGAGUGGUAUUUUCUUUAGGGACCAGGUAGACUUUAAAACUAGGGUAGGAGAAAAACCAGUUUCUUUCUGAGGUAAAUAAUUUCUGCCAGGAAACUUCCCAGCCCCACCAGCAGCCCCCGCAAAAUCAUCCAUGUCCUCAGGGAUGUCUAAAGCUUGGGGCUCCAGGAAAUCAUCCAGUAGAGUUGGAGAUUCAGAGAUUUCUUGAAGACAAGAACAUGCUCCUAACUUCCUUCCCAUUAAAGGUGUUAGACCAGAGGGUGUUCCUUUUCCAUAGUAAUGGGAUCAGCUGGUGUGCCUGCAGGGAGGAAGAGGGAGGUGGUCAGGCUUGAAAAACUGGCUUUAGGAUGGUUCUGACUUUGUUCUCCCUCCCCUAGUGUUCUCAGCCUCCAUUCUGCAGUGUUUAGAGUUUUAGGAAAGGGUUUGGGUGCCCCAGCAUCCAGGUGUUGUGUGGCUUAGCGCAGGUGAAGUGAAAACCUUUUGUGGUUGUUUGGAAGCAGCUUUCUGGUUCUUGUCAUUGUAUCCUGAGGUCCCAGAACCCUACUCUCCCACGAGGACCCUCAGUGACCAUGAUGGCCAUAAGCCUGGCCAGCCUGCUGACUCCUGGAUGAGCUGAAGAACCUUGCCUGUGGCACUUUUCGAGGGUGAGCUGGACCCGAGAGAACAUGGUCCCCGUGCUGGGACUCAUGCGGGUCAGUUCCUGUGGCCUGGUUUCGCUGGUCCUGUCUUGAUGAGCACCAUGUAAGCCUCCUUGUAUUGAGAUAAUUGGGCAUUAAACAUUAAACUGCAACUCUGGG